AUGGCUCUUCUCAGCCAAACAACCACUCCAGCCGCCUGGUCGUGUGCAUCCAAUCGCCAAUUUCCAACUCACCCGGAAUACCAAGAUAUCAAGCCCAUUGCCUGGGUUACGCGAACACAAACACCAACGAAGCCCAUUCAGACCUCUUCCAAGGAGGUUUCCUCUUCAAGUACAACCACAUAUACCAGUGAAGCCACACGGCAACUCACGGCGUUAUCCAAAGCCGUGGGACAAGAUGAAAGUAUUCGCCAAAAACUGCUCGAAGCCUUGGAAUUUUCAUUCGGAGACUGGGGUCAAGCCCCAGUGCCACAGCAGCUCAAUCGAUGCGGCUGGCUGUCCGACGUGAGCAACGACCAUGCCCCAUUCGAGUAUUCAGUGGCCCUGUCUCAAAGGACAGGAGCAUGCGAGCUUCGAUUUCUGGUCGAAUCCCAACCGGAGGAAAAUACCAUGAGCGCCCUGCAAGCCAGCACUUCCCAAUUGACCGCAGACAUUGCCACCAAGUACGGUCCCUCCAAGGUUUCGCUGGAUCGAUUCCACUUGAUCAGCGACCUCUUCCUCCCGCCCAAUGCUCAAGGUACACUCGCAUCGUGGCAUAGCUUCGCAACCUCCAAGACGUUGGAGAAGUGGAAAAUCUACCUCGACCCGCAAGCCAACGGCAAACAGAACGCCUUCAAAAUCACCCAGACCGCAAUGGAUCGUCUAGGUCUCGCCGCGUCCUGGAAUCUCCUGGAACAAGUCAUGCACGGCGGAGAAGACUACCCCGUCUACUUCUCACUGGGCCUGUCGCCCAACCCCGAAGAAGCCGAAGUCAAAGUAUACGUCGCUCAUCCGGGCGCCUCCGCCACCGCGAUCGCCCAACGACACGCCAGAGCCGAUCCCAGCACCAAUAUCCACGACAUUGAGCAGUUCUACUCCACCAUGGCGGGUGGUUCGCUGGGGCCGUACCGGGGAAAACCAGGCCUCUCCUGCUUCCACUUCAAAAACAAGGACCCUUCGCGUCCGGUGGCUCGUACCGUUCUUUAUCCUAUGGAUAACUAUGCGAGCAACGACGCGGAAGCACAAGCACGAAUCGAGCAGUACAUGGAAAUCAUUUCAGCGCCUCAAGUCUACAGGGAUCGAUACCGGAGUGCAAUCAAUGCUGUCAGGCGGAGACCUCUGAAAGAUGGCCGAGGGAUUCACAGCUGGGUCGGCAUGAAGGACAAAGCCAACGGCGACCGGUCAAACACGUACUACCUAUCGGCUGAGCUUUUCGGGUCUUUGGCCGACUCUGGAAUAGCUAUGAAAUGA